GUCAUGUCAUUUGUCAUUUCAUGACGAAGGAAAAUUUUGUUUAUUUUACAUGUGUUUAAUAAAUUUCCAAAGAUAGGUGUUGAUAUACCGGUAUCUAGAAUAUUCUAAUCUAAUUGGGUGAUACAAUACUUUUAACUGUAUUAAUUCAAUUAUUGUGAAUCUAAAAAUGAGUUGCCCUAUAGGUAAAGAGGCUGUUGACAAAUUAAAACAAUUUAUAUCACUAUGUAAGUCAAAUCCUGAUAUUCUUCAUUUGCCCGAUCUUAAAUUUUUCAAAGACUAUUUGGAAUCAUUGGGUGCUUCGCUCCCUGAAACUAGAAAAAUGCAAUCGGAUAUCAAAGUAGAACCCAACGAAGUAAAUGAAGAGCCAGUGCAGGAAGAAGUCAUAGAAUCUGAUCCGGAAUCUGAAUUGGAAUUUGACAUGACUGGAUGUGUAGAACCAGAUUUUAUAGAUGACGCGAAUCAAAAAAUGGGAGAUCCCUCCAAAGAACUGACCGAAGAGGUUGCAGACAAAGCUGACGAAAAAAGAAUGGAAGCUAUGUCACAGUUAUCUGAAGGUAAUAUUGAAAAAGCCUUAGAAUUAUUCACAGAGGCCAUAGAACUCAAUCCAACUAGUGCUUUAUUGUUUGCAAAGAGGGGCCAAGCUUAUCUAAAGCUUACCAAACCAAAUGCUUGCAUCAGAGACUGUACAAGAGCCUUAGAACUGAAUUGUGAUUCUGCCCCUGCAUAUAAAUUUAGAGGAAGAGCUUAUAGACUGUUAGGAGAGUGGGAAUUGGCUGCUAAAGAUUUAAGGCAAGCAUGCAACAUAGAUUGUGAUGAACAGACUGAUGAAUGGUUAAAAGAAGUCACACCAAAUGCUAAAAGAAUUGAAGAACAUUUGCUGAAGAAGGAGAGAAAAAAGAAAGAUAAAGAAGAGAGGGAAAGAUUGGAUAGGAUUAGAAAAGCAAGAGAAGCACAUGCUAAAGCUGCAUCUGCAGCUAAGGAAGAACCUGAAGAUGAUGCUGAUCCCAUGGGAAAUGCAGGUGAUUUCUAUAAAUUGUUCCAAGAUCCUGAAGUUAUGGCUGCGUUGCAGGAUCCAGAAGUAGCCAAGGCGUUCCAAGAUAUCUCAAUGAACCCUUCCAACUUCGCCAAAUAUCAAUCUAACCCCAAGGUAAUGAAUCUUGUCACUAAACUUUCAAGUAAAUUCGCCGGAUCGGGAAUGAAUAUCCCUGGUUUUUCGGGUGGAGCUGGAUUCCCAGGCGCAGGCAUGGGAUUCCCUGGUGCAGGAGGCGGUUUUCCAGGUGCAGGAGGCGGCUUCCCCGGCGCAGGAGGUUUUCCUGGCUUUCCAGGUGGAUUUCCCGGAGCAGAUACAACUCCAAAACCAGAACCUAAACAGCCCGACGACGAUAAUCUAGAUUAAAGUAUUCCUUGUUUUGUUUUAUAUAAUAUUCUACUUAUGUUGUGAAUUAAAUUUUGACACAUAUGAAGAUUUCGGUAGAUUUUUUUAGUUUCUUUUUUUUUUAUUCAAUUUACUGUUCUAUAGUAAUGAAUGAUUUUGUUGGUUGCUAAUAAAUAAUAAAAAUAUCGUAUAAUUCAAUUGGUAUUUCUGGGGUAAAUGAUCAUUAAGUAAUCACUAUCAUGAAAAAAAGUAUUGUGUACAAGCCAUGCAUAUAUUCUAUAUUGCAUAUGUAUUAUUUGUAUGCCUUCUGCUAAAAUAUUAGCGAUUCCUCAUGGAAUUGUUCCUUUCUAUUCUUACUUAUGCUCUUUGUUUUCAGUAGAUAUUCUUUGUAAUCACAUUUCGUGUCUUAGUUCAUGUGUUAUAUUCUUUAUUAUGUUUUUAUUUAAUAGAAGCAUUUCUUUUAACAACAUACAUGGCAGUCGUAUUUUUCACCAGGAAAAUGUUACACCACCAGCUCAGUAGGGUUUAAUUUAAUUAAAAUUUUUCUUCUCGAAUGUUCUUUUACGCCUUAUUA